AUGGCCCGUCUCCAAGGAGUCUCCAAACCGGCCGCUGCUCUUAGGAAAACUGCUAAGGCAUCUCCUCUCGCCAGUGCUCUCUGCGCUGAUGCUGUAAUUGUCGCUCCGGUGGUAGAGGUGCCUGAUACAGUGUCCUCGGUGUCUGCCGGUCCAACUGAAGCCUCCAUAGAUCUUCAUCUCUCGCCGCUGCCGUCGGUUGAGAAAGCUACAAGUCUCAUGUCAGAUGAGCACCAUACUACUUCUGCAGCUACCGGGGACCUCCCUCCUCUGGAAAUUGCAAAGGAUUCCUCUCCGAUCCAUUCGGAGGAUUCUCAGGAAAAAAGUCUCUCUGCUAAUACAGAAGAGACUCAACCAGAGGAGACUGGCCCUUUGGGGAAACCCAUUGGAGCCAAAAGCUAUGCAAGUCUAUUAAAGCAAUCAGCCGUUCUGGAAGAACUAGGUACGCCGUCCGAGCACAUUUCCGGGGCGCCGUUUGUCUUCAUUCCCGACGAAAACAUUGCUGCAGCAAAGGAAGAAUUUCGCGAUUUCAUCUUUGCUAGAUUCAACUGUGAAUGGCCUUCCAUGGGUCGUAUCAUUGGCAUUGUUAAUGCAAUCUGGGCUAAGACUGGUCCAAGGAUAUUUGUUCAUAAUGUCGGUCCAGGGGAGUUUUUGCUAAGAGUUACUACUGUGAAAACCAGAGAGCUGCUUUUGGCAAGAACUUUCUGGAAAAUUGCGGGCUUUCCGAUGUUUGUAGCUCCCUGGUCGCCGGAUUUUACGCCGGAGGAGGCUCCUCUCACGAAUGCGGUUGUUCCAGUCGAAAUGAGGGACGUUCCUUAUUUGAUCUUCAACAAAGAGAGCCUUAGUAGACUAGCAACAGCAGUGGGCAAGCCGGUAUCUUCGGCUCCAGAAACAGAGCGUAAAGAAAAUUUUCAGGUUGCAAAGCUCUUUGUUCGUGUUGAUUUAACAAAGAAGUUGCCAUCGAAGAUCAUCACGGGUUUCUCGAGUGGAAGAGAAGUAGAGGUAUCGGUCUCAUAUCCAUGGCUUCCCAUGAAGUGUGAGGCAUGUGGAAAGUACGGUCAUCUUCUUCCAAGAUGCCGUGCAUAUACCACUCAGAAUGGGGAGGGUAGGAAACGGUCAGUCAGCCCCCCGACUGAGCAGUCUAAGGGUAGCCAGAGAAAUCAGUCUAGGCCUGGGCGUGGGAAGGAGGUCCGUCAUACUGUGCAUAGUGUCGACGCUUCUGGCCAGAAAGACAAUGAAACACAUAACUCUCCUCUUGCGCAGCCUCUGGAGGAAGGUGAAAUUCCGCCUGAUGUGCAUCAGGACGUAUCUCGAGAAUGGCAUGUCAGGGAUGGCGUGGUUUCUUCUGAGAAUUCAGAGAAGGGCCUUCCUAUAACAUCUCCCCCAGCUCCGCUGGCUGAUAGUACUGUCAGAGCUGACUAUGUAUCCCUCUCGCCGUCUGAAGACCCUCGUAAUUCAGAGUCUGAAGAGCCGUUUUUGCUGAGGCCACUUUUUGGAGCGUUCUUGGAAACGCAUAUUCAUGAAAACAAUUCAACACGGAUUCAUAAUGCUAUUCCAAAUGGAUGGAAGUUUUUUGGAAACUACGAGCACCACGACUCGGGUCGUAUUAUUGUAGUUUGGGACCCUUCGGUUCGAGUGUUUAUAUAUAAAUCUUCGGCGCAUGCAGUUACAUGUGGGAUUUUUCUUAUGGCGGAAAACGUUAACUACACGGUUACUUUUAUCUACGGGUUUAACACUGUGGUGGAGCGGAUAGCAUUAUGGGCGGAGCUUACUACUAUACAUGACACCACGCCGGUCUCUAGCACCCCUUGGGUAGUCUUGGGGGAUUUUAAUCAGAUUAUGCGAUUGAGCCACCAUUCUAGCUACCCUCAAGCGCUCAUAGACUCGGCGGGAGUAGAUGAUUUAAAUUCAGCAAUGCAGGAUGCAGAGCUGUUUGAGUGUCAAGCGAAAGGUUCUCCUUUUACCUGGUGGAACAAUAGCGACACCAAUCCUAUCUCCAAGAGAAUCGACCAUGCGCUAAUCAACCACUCUUGGGCUUCUAUGUUUAUGGAUUCUUAUGCGGACUUCCUUGAGCCUAAUCAGUCUGAUCACGCUCCUUGUCUUGUCAGGAUCCCCUCUAUUAGUAGAAGGCACCGCAAGCCCUUCAAAUUCUACCACCACAUCAUUGAUCACUCGGAGUAUGCUUCGACAGCCUCUGAGUCGUGGAAUAGUGUGGCAAUUGAGGGUUCCAACCAGUUCAAGCUAAUGCGCCGCAUGAAACUUCUCAAGCCAGCUUUGAGGAAUCUUAACAAGACUCACUUUAGUGGCAUUACAAAACGUGUAAAGCAGCAGACUAUAAUUGUUGACCGGCUACAACAAUCCCUUCUCUCUCACCCAGACCAAGCUACGGCCUUGGAGGAACACAGGGAGCGAGCUACUCUCAACUUGUUGCUAAAUGCGGAGCACAAAUUCUUUAGACAAAGAUCUAGGGUUCGUUGGGCGGAUGUUGGGGACAGAAAUACUCCUUUUUUCCACAAGACAGUGGCUGAGAGAAACUCGAGGAACCACAUCCAUUAUCUGAUUGAUGAUUCUGACAGAUUCAUGGGUUCUCUGGAUGACAUUAAAGAGCAUUCAGCAAAUUACUUUCAGUGUGUUCUUGGUGAAACGGAUCUCCCUAUAUCUCCGGUGUCUGUGGAAUCGUUACAAGAUUUGCUUACUUUCAGAUGCUCUGACAUCCAGAAGGCCAACUUAAAAAGAGAUGUGUUGGAGGCUGAGAUCAAAGGAACGCUGUUCUCAAUGCCUUUGAACAAGAGCCCGGGCCCAGAUGGCUAUUCUGUUGAAUUCUUAAAAGCUUCAUGGGAGACUGUUGGAGGGGAUGUGGUCGCAGCUGUUGUUGAGUUCUUCAGAAACGGCCGUCUGCUUAAAGACCUAAAUACAACGGCAAUUUCUCUAAUACCAAAGUCCCCUGCGGCCUGUAAGCUUAGGGACUACCGGCCUAUUAGCUGCUGCAACAUAGUGUACAAGGUAAUCACGAAGAUCAUCGCCAACCGGCUCAAACCAAUCCUUCAAUCCUCAAUAAGCCGUUCUCAGUCCGCAUUCCUCAAGGGCCGUAAUCUGGGUGAGAAUGUUCUCCUGGCUGCUGAGCUAAUCAGAACCUAUGACUCUCCAAACUGCAGCAGGAGUAGUAUGCUUAAGCUCGAUAUCCGCAAGGCGUUUGAUACUAUCUGUUGGGAUUUCGUCACCAAGGUAUUGGAGGCUCAGGGGUUCCCUCCCAUAUUUGUGACUUGGAUCAAGGAAUGCAUAUCAACACCGAGAUUCUCUGUGGCCAUAAACGGUGAACUGGUUGGGUUCUUUCCGGGGAAGAAAGGCCUUCGCCAGGGUGAUGCCAUCUCACCUUAUCUCUUUAUUAUGGCAAUGGAGGUUCUCUCAAAUCUUCUGGAGAAAGCGGUUAAUAGUGGAGACAUUCGACCUCACCCUUUGUGCUUAAUGCCAAGAGUCACUCACUUGCUAUUUGUUGAUGACCUACUUGUGUUCUCUGAUGGAUCAAGGCUGUCAAUUUCUGGUGUGAGAGCUGUAAUGGCGGGGUUUAAAACAUGGUCGGGCCUGGAUAUGAACGCGGAGAAAUCGGAAAUAUUCUUCGGUGGAUUCUCUGAUGUUGAGGCGGCUGUCAUCAGUGAUCUCUCUGGAUUUAAAAGAGGGACGUUUCCUACUCGGUACCUCGGUCUUCCUCUUAGCCCAAAGAGAAUAAGUUAUGCAACGCUCCAGCCAUUCCUUGAAAGAGUUUCCUCUAAGCUUAACUCUUGGACUGUCAAAUCACUCUCUUUGGCUGGAAAAAUCACGCUUGUGUCUUCAGUAAUUUAUGGCAUGGUAAAUUUUUGGAGCUCGGUGUUCUCCCUACCUAAGAUAUUCUAUGCAAAAGUUGACUCUAUGUGCGCCUCCUUCUUGUGGAAAAAUAACACUACAUCAGCUGCGGGUGCUCGUGUUAGCUGGGAGAAUAUAUGCAAGCCUAAAAAUGAGGGAGGACUUGGUAUAAGACGUCUAGAAGAGGUUCAACAAGUGUUUGAGCUCAAAAGAGUGUGGAACUUCUUCUCUGAAUCAGGUUCCCUUUGGGUGGCAUGGCUGAGACAAAACGUUUUCGAUGGUCAAAGUCUUUGGACAGUUUCUACUUCAUCCUCUUUCUCAUCUUCGGUCAACCGAAUGUUGAAGCUGAAGCCGAAACUGUACGAUCACAUGAGGUGUAAUAUAGGGGAUGGCAAGACCGCUAGCUUCUGGUAUGACUGGUGGACUGACAUUGGCCCCCUCCUGUCUUCUUUCGGGCCUAGAGGUCCAAGAGAUUUACGAAUUCCGGUCAACUAUACUGUUUCCUCGGCCGCGGAAAAUGGAGCUUGGAAUCUCCCCUCAGCUCGGUCUGAUGAAGCGCUAACCCUGCAGAUUGUUCUCACAACCAUGCAACCUCCAGAGGAAUCUAGGGGGAAGGACAUCUUCCUGUGGCGUAGUGGGGAUUGGUCCUUCUCGAAAAGGUUCUCUUCUAAAGCAAUUUGGAAUGUUCUGAGACAGAGAUCCCCUGCUGUUCCCUGGUGUGAUCUUGUCUGGUUUAAAGAAGCGGUCCCGAGGUACUCUUUUGUAUCUUGGAUGACGAUGGUAGAAAGGUUGCCUACUAGAGAUAGGCUCAUCUCCUGGGGAAUGUCUGUCCCAGCAGCUUGUCCCCUGUGCUCCUUAGCAAAUGAAUCACAUGACCAUUUGUUCUUCAAUUGUGUCUUCUCCACCGCGGUUUGGUCUCAUUAUACUGGAUGGAUGUUCGCUGCAGCUCCGGCCUCCCCUGCAGCUGUUUUGGCUAUUCUUGAUCAGCCUCAUAUUUCCUCUUGCUCAGGUGCUGCAGUUAUACUAAAACUCUUGAUGCAGGUCAUCGUCUACAAUCUCUGGACAGAAAGGAACCAUCGCAUUUUCAGGCAAAGCUCUUCAUCAGAAGCCGCAAUCAUCAGCAAGGUCGAUCGCUCUAUCAAGGACCGCCUUCUGUCUCUGCCUCCACCGCGCGAGGGCUCCAUCUCCUUCCUGCUGCUGUAUCUCACCUCUCGCUCACUGUUUCCGCCUUAG